CCUUUACGACUUUUACGACAUACCGCAAAUUGGAAGCAAAAGUAAACAAAAAAAUUAAUCGAAAUACUGCUGUCAAAAUUGAACAAUGAAGUUUCUACCCCCAGGGUAUAAUACUAAAGAGCUUGAACAGCCUGCGAAAAACAAAUGGAGGUGGCAAUGGCUGUCAGAAGUCGAUUCGAAGGGUGUGAAAUGGUCCGAUUGGCUCCAAAAGAUAGAAGUAUGUGGUGUGGCUUUUUGCAGUCUGUGUGGGAAAACAAUCAACUACAAAUCAAACGGAAAGAAAGCACUCAAACUUCAUUGCGAAGAUGCAAACCAUCAGAAAAACCAUAGGGUAGUGAAAACCAAUACGGUCCUGCCUGGGUCUUCACAAGCCAGUAAGCAGUCUGAGUCUAUGCUAGACAGGGUCGCCAAGCAACGUGCCAUUACAGCAUCUUUCCUGAGUGAACAUUGCCUGCCAUUCACAUUGGCACCAGAGCUGUUAGAGUUUGCAAAACGGUUGAGUCAAGACAAACAAGCACUAGACAAGACCACCAUUUCUAAGACUAGUGCUACUUACAUAAACACACAUGGCGUUGCAAAAAGUUUGAAGGAAGAACUAAAAGAUAAAUUGAAAGGCCAGGUGUUGUCAUUAAAUUGUGAUGAGGCCACAAACAACAAUAAUGACAAGAUAUUGAAUGUGCUCAUUCAAUACUUUGACGAAGAGACAGGGAAAAUUGAAAUUGCUCAUCUGGGAUCCAGGAAGCAGAACUUAGCGACUGCAGCCAAUAUCUUGAAAUCCCUUGAAAGUAUAUUGGCUGAAUAUGCUAUUGAAUGGACUCAGGUAGCAGCUGAUAAGCCAGAUCUUUCAAGAUCACAAUGUCUCAGACCAAGCACAGGCAGCCAUCAUCCUUCUUCAGCUGUCACAGGAGAGGCAGCACAAGUCAGUCACGAGCAAUGAGCGCAAGGAGCGGAUCCUAGACAGUCUUUUCCAUAAUAGGAGGGAAACACUGGUUAAGAUCAAUCUGUUUAGGGGUCUACUGGAUGUGUUUCAAGGGUUUGUGAAACAGUUCCAGAGUGAAAAACCCUUGAUUCACACUCUUCACACUAGAAUGACAGAGGUAGCCACAGAACUGUUGGGAAUGUUUUGAAACCUGAGAAAAUUCCAGACAGUAUCACUAAGUUGAUGAAAUUAGAUGUCACUGACAGAACUCUCCAGAAACCGGACAGAGGUAUUGGUGUAGGGAAAUAUGCAUAUACUGAACUCAACAAAGCAAGAAUAGACAAAUCAUGCAGGCACUGGGUUCAAAAUCUGUAUGCUAACCUCCGACAUGGGUAUGUCAUGGCUGCCAAAAAAAUGCUAAAAAUGCCAAUUGACAACAAAACACUGCGUUGGAUGACUGCCUUGGACCCAGACUUAGGUAACCACAGUCAAACCUCUAGUGCCUUAAAGCGAUUAGCUAGUUGCUUGCCAAAUGUGUUUUCUGACGAACAGAAUGGGCAUCUAGCUGAAGAGAUUGACAAGUACUGUGUUGAUCCACAAGUGAAGGAUGUGAGGUCGGAGUUCAAUGAGGAGGACAGAAUUGAUACUGGCUUCUGGACCAAAGUGUUCAAAAUAAAAACUUUCACAGAGGUCCGCUACCCAAUGCUGAAGAAGCUUUUGGCUCUACUGACCAUCUUUAGCGGACCUUUGAUUGAAUCCACAUUUAAUAUCAUGGAUGAUAUCAUAGAAAAAGACAGGACCCAGCUAACAGUGGUCAACUAUG